UCCUGCGCGCGCAUGCGCACUCCGUCCUCCGAGAACGGCGGCGGCGAGAGUCGUCGCCGGGUCCAAGCGGGCGCCAUGUCGGGCCGGUCGGUGCGGGCUGAGACCCGGAGCCGCGCCAAAGAUGACAUCAAGAAAGUCAUGGCCGCCAUCGAGCGCGUCCGCAAGUGGGAGAAGAAGUGGGUAACAGUGGGAGACACCUCCUUGCGGAUAUUCAAGUGGGUCCCCGUGACGGACAGCAAAGAGAAAGAGAAGUCCAAGUCCGGCGGAGGCCCCGUCCGGGAGGCCAACGGGUUUCCGGCCGAAGCGACGGCCAACUCUUCCCUCCUCUUGGAGUUCCAAGAUGAGAAUAGCAACCAGAGCUCCCUCUCGGACACCUUCCAGCUCAAGCCGGACAGCAGCCCGGCCUCCAGCCCCCAGCAGAGCGAGUCCAUGAGCCCCAGCCACGCCUCUGAUUUCCGGACGGACGACUCACAGCCACCCACGCUGGGCCAGGAGCCCCUCGAAGAGCCCAGCGUUCCUUCCACGGAGGUUGCCGAUGAGCCGCCCACCCUGACCAAGGAGGAACCGGUUCCGCCGGAGAUGCAGGAACCCAAACCGGAGGAGGACUCUGGGGCGCCACCACUCAAGAAGUUUUGCCCCGAGCAGAAUGCCGCAUCCCAACCGGCCCCUGAGAGCUAGCUGGCUGCGUGACAGGGCCCUCAAACGCCAGCCCUUUUUGGUCUCUCCUUCCGUGGGACCUCCGAAAUCCGCUCUUCCUUCCUUCCUUUCUUCCUUCCUGUCUUCCUUCCCUCCACCGUGGCCUGUGCAAUAAUCCCCCCUUUUGCCCCUUGCACGCUGGAGGAAUGGGGCCAUUCCCAGGGCCCCUCUUGUCUUGCUCUUUCUCCCUCCUCUUCUUCCUGGGGUGUCUGUCUGGUGGGGGGUCCUUCGAGGGAAGACGAGGUACGAUAGCACUUAACUGGGCGCCACAGAGGGUCCCGAUCCCCCCUCUCCAGUCCUUCCUUAUUGGGGGGAGCGCGGGGACCCAACGGGCGUCUGGCUGGGAUGCAGUGCAAUAGUUUGUGGGGUGAAGCCAUUCGCUCUGGGAGGAGCCGGGACUCCGUUGCCGUCUCUCUUGGCAAAGGAGCUGGGAAGGCCGGCAAUAUUUCGGAGAGCGGAAAAUGCCAGCGUGGCCCGAUCCGAUCCAGUGGGGCAGCGAAUCCAUUCCAGGAUUCAACGGGCUUUGAUGGCACUCUCCAAGGUGCUUCGAGAUGGGGUUCCCCGUCUUGGAAGUGUCGGUCCUCUGUCGGGAUCGAACUUGGGACCUCCGAGAGCUCCUUUAAAGCCAGUGUGACAACCUGGAGCGGAUCCGUUGCCCGACUGACCUGGGAGCCGGCCGCCGUUGCCUCUGCCGCCUUCUUCUUCCGCCUGGCCGCCCCCCCGGGACGCAAAAGAGAUAUUUUAGCACUGAAGAGAAUAUUUUUAAAAUUAAAGUAUUUCAACUACA